CCGUGGUUGCUUGCGUAGAGGCACACUUCUCUCACUGAAGCAGACUCUGCAAUGGCAAGAACUAAGCAAACCGCCCGUAAAUCUACCGGAGGAAAGGCUCCGCGAAAGCAGCUCGCCACCAAGGCCGCUCGCAAAAGCGCACCAGCGACCGGAGGAGUGAAGAAACCUCAUCGUUACAGGCCCGGCACAGUGGCUCUGAGAGAGAUCCGUCGCUACCAGAAGUCCACUGAGCUGCUGAUCCGCAAGCUGCCUUUCCAGCGUCUGGUCAGAGAGAUCGCUCAGGACUUCAAGACCGAUCUGCGCUUCCAGAGCUCUGCCGUCAUGGCUCUUCAGGAGGCCAGCGAGGCUUACCUGGUUGGUCUGUUUGAGGACACCAACCUGUGCGCUAUCCACGCCAAGAGAGUCACCAUCAUGCCCAAGGACAUCCAGCUGGCCCGUCGCAUCCGCGGGGAGCGUGCUUAAGUUGAUCCCGACAACGUUAAGAAAAACAAAGGCUCUUUUAAGAGCCACCUCAAUAACUCCU